AUGGUUUAUAAGGGUGAUAUAUGUAUAGCUGAUGAUAAUGAAGUAAUGGAACGCCUUUUAAGACUUUGUGUUACUGGAAAUCGCUGGGCAGAAGCAUUAAGCACCCUUCAAGUUCGUCUGGAAGGGAAUUUAGAUGAUGAAAAAAGAGAAAAUUUUGAUUUUGUUACUAUAAAUACUUUUCUUGAUGUUUUACGUAUGCUUAAAGAAUGUCAAAAGGGUUCUCUUGCAUCACGACUUCUUCUCCAGACGCAAUUAUCGAAGCAUUUUAGCAAAGAUACAACAGGAAAAGCGUAUAAUGUGAUGUUACGGUACAGUAACACCACUGCCGAAGCGCAGUUGUGGUUACAAACAAUGAAAUCUAAAAACAUAUCGCUGGAAAAUGAGUCAUGUGAGCACUUGCUCAUUAUGCAUGCCAGAGAAGGUGAAUGGCAUCAAUCAUUGAAGUUACUUAACCUCCUUCUUGAUGAUCCAAAGCGCCGUUCUCUUUACAUCCCUUCGGCUAAGGCACACGACGCAGUACAGUACGCCUUGGAGCGUGCUCCAAUGCCAGGUCCUAGUUGGGAACUGUCAUUGCAACUUUUUAGUCGUAUGUGUACUUUGCAAGUACCUAUUUCAGAGGUAGCUUUUCAGUCCGUUGUGAAGAAGUGCUUUGCACAUGGAAUGGACAAACAAGCCCAAAAUUUAUUUCAGUUUGUGAUGAGGCAUGGAGUUCACAAGUGA